UUCUUCAUGCCGUCUGACCGCUCCACCGAGCGCUGCGAGACCGUCCUGGAGGGCGAGACCAUCUCGUGCUUCGUGGUGGGCGGCGAGAAGCGCCUGUGCCUGCCGCAGAUCCUCAACUCGGUGCUGCGCGACUUCUCGCUGCAGCAGAUCAACUCGGUGUGCGACGAGCUGCACAUCUACUGCUCGCGCUGCACGGCCGACCAGCUGGAGAUCCUCAAAGUCAUGGGCAUCCUGCCCUUCUCGGCGCCCUCGUGCGGGCUCAUCACCAAGACGGACGCGGAGCGCCUGUGCAACGCGCUGCUCUACGGAGGCGGGCUGCUGGUGCCCGAGCUCUACAGCAGCCCGAGCGCCGCCUGCAUCCAGUGCCUCGACUGCCGCCUCAUGUACCCGCCGCACAAGUUCGUGGUGCACUCGCACAAGGCCCUGGAGAACCGGACCUGCCACUGGGGCUUCGACUCCGCCAACUGGCGGGCCUACAUCUUGCUGAGCCAGGACUACACGGGCAAGGAGGAGCAGGCCCGCCUGGGCCGCUGCCUGGACGACGUGAAGGAGAAGUUCGACUACGGCAACAAGUACAAGCGGCGGGUGCCCCUGGUCUCCUCUGAGCCCCCCGUCUCCAUCAGAAAAACAGAUGAUGCUCCCUCCCAGCACCCCACGUCUUCUGAGAAGGACAAACAGUCCAGCUGGCUGCGGACCCUGGCCAGCUCCUCCAGCAAGAGCCUGGGCUGUGCGCACCCUCGCCAGCGCCUCUCCGCCUUCCGACCCUGGUCCCCUGCCGUCUCUGCCAGUGACAAGGAGCUCUCCCCCCACCUCCCAGCCCUGAUUCGAGACAGCUUUUACUCCUACAAGAGCUUCGAGACCGGUGUGGCCCCCAACGUGGCCCUGGCCCCGCCGGCCCAGCAGAAGGUGGUGAGCAGCCCGCCAUGUGCCACCAUCGUCUCCCGGGCCCCCGAGCCCCUCGCCACCUGCAUCCAGCCGCGGAAGCGGAAGUUGGCCGUGGACACGCCUGGGCCCACAGAGACGCAGGCGCCCACAGUCACCCCGGAGGACGACAAGGACUCAGAGGCAGAGGUGGAGGUGGAGAGCAGAGAGGAAUUCACCUCCUCCCUGUCCUCGCUCUCCUCUCCGUCCUUUACCUCGUCCAGCUCAGCCAAGGACCUGAGCUCCCCAGGGGUGCAUGCCCCACCCGCCCCGCCCACAGCCCCGGACACCUCGGCCCCCACCGACACCCCGAGUGGGGGGCUGGAGGCGGAGCUGGAGCACCUGCGUCAAGCCCUGGAGGGCGGCCUGGACACCAAGGAGGCCAAAGAGAAGUUCCUGCACGAGGUGGUGAAGAUGCGCGUGAAGCAGGAGGAGAAGCUGAGCGCCGCCCUGCAGGCCAAGCGCAGCCUGCACCAGGAGCUGGAGUUCCUGCGCGUGGCCAAGAAGGAGAAGCUGCGGGAAGCCACGGAGGCGAAGCGCAACCUGCGGAAGGAGAUCGAGCGCCUCCGCGCCGAGAACGAGAAGAAGAUGAAAGAGGCCAACGAGGCGCGGCUGCGCCUG